UCAAAAAUAUUGUGCAUUGUUGGCAAAAUUAUCAACAUGAUUGUGAAACCACUCAAGAAUUAAUAAUUUUCUGUGGAGGUUAAUUUUUUCGCGUUUCUGCCUCUAUUUGAAAUGGGAUUUAAAAACUUUAAAGUAUCGGAGGAAGGCGUUCUUACUGAAUAUAUGUUUCUUGGCAAAAAGGAGCGGCGAAAGUUGUAGAUAAAUUUGAAUAUUGGUGACGAAUUAGAGCAACGUGUUCUAAAGUAACACAAAUAUAGUUGGUCACCCAAAAACCUACACAGUACUACUUAAGACAUCUGAAAAUAAUAACAUUUAGUUAUUUAAAAAUACGACAUAGAUAACACCAUGGCCAUGCGCCGACCCCGAAUAAAAGCCACAGCGCUUUUGACAACAAAACGAAAAUCACGGGAUGUCAAAUCGGAACAAACGUUAAAAUCCGCAAGCGAUGAUUGCGCUGCAGACAAAUCUGAUGGGUUAUCUAAUGCUCUCGUUGAAAAUGAGGGUAGCAAAUCCAAAGCUUCCACUCUUUCUAAUAAAGAGGACAACCAAUUUCAUGACGUAGCAUCUCCUGUUGCCGAAACGAAAGAGCUUCAAAGUAAUCAGCCCGUCACUGAAAGAUCUAUUGAAACUGUAAAGGGUAAAGGCGAGAGUUCGGAAAGAGAUUAUGGAAAUUAUUCAAAUUGUGAAAGUAGUGCGGUUUCACAAACGGAGGUUCAAUCUUCCGACAAAAUCAAAACAAAUGAGAUUUCCAAAAACGAAAAGGUAGUAGAAAACGCCGACACUUCAUUUAAAUGUCCUGCUCGUGUUGAAUAUGUGCGAGUUAAUAGCCAAGUUACUGCAAAUGUCGGUGCAGAGGAUGCUUUCUAUACGGAUAUGGAAGAGAGUAUAUUGCAAUUAGACAUGCAAAAAACUGUUCCUGAAAAAGUUCCUUCUCCACUAAAGCAACAAGCGCGGCAACGAAUACGACCUAUCCCUUUAUUUCAGAGGCGUAAUAGUUUUGUCAGCACAGCAAGUCCGGUACAAGGACCAUCUGAAGACAUUUCAACGCUAACCGAUAUACAAUCGCAAGACUCAACGUCAGUCCCAGAAGGAGAGAUGGCAGAAACUUCAACUGCACAAAAAAUAAAUCCACUUACACAUCGGAGAGAGCGUCACUACUCAGCUUCAAUGGUUCCUUCACCGCUUUCAACAAAUUCAGCUACAGGGCAGCAUCAUUACACACCGCACAAAUUCACACCUACAAUGGGGCAUGGCCGCAUACGCACGGAAUCGAAUUGUUCCGCAUUUUCAGAUUCAUUUAUAACGCCAUCGAAGCUUCGUAAAAAUGAAGAUCAUGCGAACCGUCCUAAUUCCCGACGUGAUUUCUCUUGCCGUAUUGUGAAUGGGAAUCUCGACAAAUCUUCGUUAAAAAUGUUUGAUUUAAUCUAUUAUAAUCCGGUUACCAAUCCCAUGGAGAAACGCACAGCGAUGCCCAAUAUUAAAAAAGAGUGUACAGUAGACGAAAGUGAUGCGAAGCAAACAUUAGAUACAAAAAUGGAAAUAAGUGAUAAAACAAAUACUGCAAUGCCGGUGCCACAAUUAAAGUUGAAUGCAAAUGGAGACCUGAUACUCGACGAAAAAACGUUGGAAAUUGAAACAACUGCAGAACAAGAGGCUCGCAAAGUUCUUGCUAACUCGUCUUUAAUAUUUCUCGAUGAAAACACUGGCAUGAACGGUUUCUAUAAGCGUCAAAAACGUACCAAGGAAUGGCCACCUGAAGAGACGAUAAAAUUUUAUCGGUGUUUGCAAACGGUGGGCACUGACUUCUCACUGAUGUGCCAAUUAUUCCCGAAACGUACGCGACGUGAUCUAAAACUUAAAUUUAAAAAAGAAGAACGCAGCAAUUUAGCAUUAAUAAACAAAGCUUUGUUAUAUCCGAAGCUUUUUAAUAUCGAUGAUUUAAAGACUCAACUAGAGACUGAAGAACGAGAGAGGGAAGAAGCGCUUCAGCGGUGGAAGGAAAUACAUUCAAAAGAGGCUAAAACAAUUAAAAAGGUCAAAAUCAACAGCAGUACAGCAGCCCGUGCACUUAAAAACGGUGAUGAUGUGUAUGAGAAUGAAAACGUUGUUAAACGUAAGCUGAGUCGGCGGUCCAACGCGUGCGAAAAGAAAAAGACUGAUAGCUCUAAAAAACCCAAAAUAUCACAAACCCAGCACGCAAAUGGUCCUCCCGAUGACCCCACAACUGAACAAUCAAAAAAACAAAAAUCGCGACAAAAACAGAGUACAUUGCAUAAUAACUCCGCAGAAACCGCAUCAACAGAGGUAGCGCCAAUGACAUUGCCAACUAUGCCACGCGAAAUCACGCCUGUGAAACUUGAAGUAGCGAAUGCUACAAACUAUGCAGUCAAAGCUGAGCACCACUCCAGUCAUGAUAGCAACUUUUUAAACUCUCACAUUCCUCAAAGUAAUGUUGAAGAAAGUUCAGAAAUAGCGAGCCGAUUAGACCAAAUCGAGGAGGAAUUCUUUGGCUUUAUAGCACCUACAAGUUCUGGUGUAGAGGAUUAUAAUAAAGAAAUAUUAACACCAAAUAAUGAAACGCAUACGAAUAUGGUAGCAGCAGAAGCUGAAAGUAAAACUUUUGUGGACCUGGAUGAUGGGACAGUAAAUACGUUGCAAGAGGACGAAGAUCCAACAUUAAUGGAUUCAAUGCCUGCUACACCUAUGUCGUUUACGCAUCGUGACGUAGAUGAGUGUGAUAUUCAACAAAUAUUAAUUGACUUGGCGCAUGGUUCUUUAGUACUUGUCUCUACGCUAGACCCCGAUAAUGCAGAUCAAGUCGUGAACGAAAUUUAUAUGAUGGACAAAACUACUGGCGAAUUAUGUGACAAACCCCUGGAUAUACCAGAGUCAAUAGUACAGGGCAUUUUGUCUGUGAUGAGUUAAUCACUAUUGAUUCAUAAUAGGAUUGACCAGUGUAUAAAAAAACGAAUUGUGUAUUAUUGCAUAUUGGUAAUGUACAAGUUUAUGUCUAAAUUUUAUUGUUCGUUUUUAUUGUUAAGCGGAGGAUCAAAACAACUGAUUUAAAAUUAUAUCUGUAUGGCUCUUUUAUUUUUAUUUAUGGUUGCCUUUAUGUAUAAACUUUGA